GUGAGCCAAGAUGAUAACACCAGCCGGGCCACACAUGGACAAGGAGGAGGCACUUGAUAAAAUGUUCAGUGCUUCUGUAAAUGCUGAUCCAGGGGAGGAUGCUCUCCGAAAAAAGAAGAGGUUCUCAGUAAGACGAUUUCCGUUGCUCAACCCGCAGCAGCCAGCCGGACAGCGCCCUGGAGCAACACCAGUCCAUCGCCAUAAAGAGCUGCAGAACUAGCCUCCGCGUGUUUCAGGUCCUGGCCUGGGCUGCGGCAUGGUGACCCUGCUGGACCUUGUGUGGUUCUGGAUGUUUGUAGCCCCGGCGUGCUGCCAACCAGAGCAGUACCAGGAAUGUCUCUCAUCGGCUGUAUCUGUAACAUCAGCUGGGGGCCGGGUUUUCACUCGACACCAGUUUUUCAACAUCUCGGCAGAGAAAAAUGGCUCUCCUAUCAUAAACUUAAAGCUAGAUCCAAGACGGAAAAUUUUAAGGUGGAAUUGCAGGAGAAAUGUGACUCAGGAGAUGUGUAAAAUAGAAACCCCUCUGGAAACUUUCUGCAUCCCAGAGACACAGGUCCAGGAAGAUGGCACCCACUAUUGCAGGUUUCCAAAUGCCUUGUUGCAUCGAGGCGCCCUCCUGAGCGUGGCUGUCACUUCCGACGGGGACACAUUUCAGGAGGUCUUGAUCUUCAAUAACUCAGGCAAGGACAGCUCCGGGGCCAUGAACUUCACCUGCAUCAUCUACAACACCAGCUUCAUGAACUGCAGCUGGGUGCCUGGCCCAGCAGCACCUGCCGAUGUCCAGUACCGCCUCGAUGUCUGGACCUCUUUGUUGGAGGACGGGACCGAAUGUCCCCAGUACAUCAGGGACUCGGCCGGCACACACGUGGGCUGUCAUUUCGAUAUCAGCUCUGAGCCGAAGCAGCCGCAGUACAUCUUCUUCCUGAAUGGAACGAGCGAGGAGACGACCAUCCCCUUCCUGGAUUUCGCUCCCUUUGAGGCCUUUCGGAUGGAAAAGUAUAACCCGCCAUCAAACAUCACAAGUCACUACAACGGAUCAAAUCAUAUUAUCCAGUGGGAAAACCCACAGAGGAGAUUUGAGUAUGCAAGUCAUAUCUUAGAUUAUCAACUCGACAUCCAAAAAAAGGGCAGAUCCCAGGACCCCAUUGUCCAAAAAGGACAAGACAGAAACGUAUUCCUGGUGCCAAGCUCUGAGUCCAACGGAGAGCACAGCCUGCAGAUCCGAGUACGCCAUAGGCACAGUGACAUCUGGAGCGAUUGGAGCGAGACCUUGCAUUUCGGCCUCCCGGAGCAGAGCCAUGGCGACGUGGCCGCGAUCCUGCCGGUGGCGGGCAUGUCAGCUGUGGUGCUCACCGUGGUCCUGAUGCUCAUCUUCAGCAGGAACUCUGUGAGGCAGACGCUGUUCCUGCCCAUCCCGCAGGUGAAGAGCCUCCUCACUCCAAACGCUGAGAUCGCCUGGGAAGGGAACCACCAGCCUCCAGACACCCAGGAGCCUGAAUUCCUCAUCGUGGAGGAAAUGGGAUAAUCUGCAGACGGACAAGCAGACUGUGUGCAGCCAGCCCCACCCCACUUCCACAAAUCUCAUUCUACACGUUGUCUACUUGGGUGGCUUUGAAAACCAGGCUGUUUGUGAGCGUUUUCUGACUGGACUUCAAUGCUGUCAUCAGAGCCGUGCGUCUGUGUCCAUGGUCGACCCACUGCUGUCAAGUCGAUUCCGACUCACGGCGACCCCAUGUGUUACGGAAUAGAACCGAGCCUCCUAGGGUUUUCUUGGCUGUGAUCUUUAUCAAAGGAGCCUUGGUGGCA